AUGUUUCGCAAGCGCAAAGAGGCGUCUCGUUCAGAGACACCACCUGCGCGUGGUGACGCCGGUUCGGACUACAAUGACGAGGGGACGGGAAACCCCCCAAGUUCGAGUCUGAAAUUUACCAAACGCAAAAAAUCAACCGGGGGAACAGAGGGUGAAGGCGCCAGUGGGAGUAUGGUUCCAAAAAAGAGGCGCAAGCGCCGCGAAAAGGAACGCAAGCGGCUCGAACUGGCGCAGAAGAUUGAUUCGAUUAUCAAACCAGGCAAAGCCGGAAAGAGGAAAAAGCGAAAAAAGGGAGGCGACGAAGAGGAAAUUGAUGCACAUGGGGAUGAGGAAGUCAACCGGUUACGUCAGGCCAUGCAUGCUGCAGCAGACCGGGACAUCGAGGCCAAUGCAAACAAGCAGCCGGCAGUUUCCAAGCUAAAGAUGCUUAGUGAGGUUAUGGAUACGCUACAAAAAUCCUCCCUCGUCCAAUCUGUUUUGGACAACAAUCUGCUUGAGGGUGUCAGGCGCUGGCUCGAACCUUUGCCGGACAAGUCUCUUCCUGCCCUUAGUAUUCAAAACGCCUUUUUUGAGAUCUUGCCAAAACUUGAUAUCGAAACCGCUGUUUUGAAAGAGUCAGGUCUCGGGAAGAUCGUACUCUUUUACACUAAAUGCAAACGGGUUACUCCAACUAUCCGUCGUAUCGCCGAUACCCUCGUUGCCAACUGGUCUCGUCCGAUCGUUAAGCGCUCUGCCUCGUAUCGUGAUCGUCACGUUCCGACUGCCGAGACCGAAGUUUCCGUGCGCACAGAGAAACUCAAUAAGUUACUCGAACGUGCAGCCACUCUCAGUAACAACGGACGUGGCCGCAAAAAUGCGGUACGCAUUCCAGAGAGCGCUAUCGGACGGUAUACCGUUGCCCCCAAGUCUGGAAAUGCCGGUGUCAGUGCGAAUGUGGCCGCAGAUGUGGAGCGGCGCAAGGCAAACCAGGAACGUUUGCGACGGAUGCAAAGGAAACUCGAUACAGCCAAGCAAAAGGGGUCGAGGGCAUAA